AACAUAUUUAAAUUAAUUUUUGUAUUCCUGGCUCUGAGUGGAGUUGUAAAUAGUGCCAAAAUUCUUAUUGUAUUUAAUGCAGUGUCAAAAUCACAUCAUAUUUUAGGAGAUGCUUUAGCUAUAGGUCUUGCUGAAAAGGGCCACGAGGUAUUAAUGGUCAGUCCAUUCAAAAGCAGCUUCAAACAUGCUAAUUAUAAAGAAAUAUUAUUGGAUGGUGAUUUUAGUCCUGAUAUAGUUAAGAAGAAAAUGGGAAACUUAUUCGAAAUCAAGAAGAAAUCAUUUAUUGAUUCUAUGAAAACAAUUUCUGGAUUUGGUAUGGAAAUGGCCAAAGGUACGCUGUAUCAUCCAAAAAUGGUUGAUUUACUGAAUUCGAAUGCAACAUUUGACGCAGUGAUAGUGGAAGUGUUUUUGAAUGAAUGUCUUUUGGGAUUAGCCCAGCAUUAUGAUGCUAUACCAAUUAUGAUGGGUACAGCACCAGCAAUGAUAUGGUCAAAUAAAAUGGUGGGAAAUCCAUCCAAUCCUGCUUAUGAUAUUAGUGUCUUUUCUUCGUUCAGUAAUCCAAUGAGUUACUGGCAACGAUUUGGAAACACCGUAUUCUCUGUGGUUGGCGAAUUUUUCCAUUGGUUACACUUGCGUGCGCAACAUGAAGUUUAUGAUUCUUAUUUCCGUCCGAUAUUCAAACAAAAUUCAAAAGAAUUUCCUCAUCUCUCAACAUUAGUUACUAAUGUUUCAUUAGUUCUCCUGAAUUCAAACAUUGCUGUUUCUGGUUCGCAAGCGAUAGUGCCAAAUAUGGUCAAUGUUGGAGGAUUACAUGUCAAACCAGAUACUCUUCCAGAUGUAAGAGAACACUAUUAA